AUGUCAAAGGUCCGCCGCGACAUCGGCCCUCUCCGCAUCAUCGCCAUCGGCUUCAACAUCCCCAACAGUUGGGUCGCCAUCGCAGCAAGUCUAUCCACCGCCCUCGCAGCCGGCGGUACAGUCAGUCUUAUCUAUGGGACGUUCGUUUCAUGCGCGUUCUACGCUUGCGCUGCUGUGACGCUCGCCGAACUAGCCAGUGUAUACCCAACUGCUGGAGGCCAGUAUCAUUUCACCAGCAUCUUGGCCCCUCAACGGUACAACCGCCAGUUUUCGUAUGUCUGCGGUAUGAUAUCAACGCUGUCGUGGACUAUUAACGCUGCGAGCGUGGCCCUUAUUGGGAGCCAGUUGCUCGUUUCCUUUCCUCAGUUCUUUAACGGCUAUGAGCCGGAGCGAUGGCAUUUGUUUCUUAUCUAUCAAGGACUGAACUUGUUUUCACUCUUUUACAACUUGUUUCUUCUCAAGCGCACAAACUGGAUCCACGAUUGCGCAUUUAUCCUCACUCUUUCAACUUUCUUCGUCACAUGCAUUACAUGUUUAUCUCGAAGUGAAAAACAAUCGUCAGAGUGGGUAUGGACAACCUUCGAGACCACGACUGGUUGGAAUGAUGGUGUUGCAUUCAUGACCAGUUUGGUAACGCCCUGCUACAUGUACGGCGGUCUGGACGCUGCCCUACAUCUUGCUGAGGAGACCAUGAAUGCAUCGCAGACGGUCCCACGAGCUCUUAUGGCAACAAUCGGCAUAGGCUUUCUCACGGCGUUUACAUUCGCCGUCUCCAUGGCGUACUGUAUCUCUGAUAUGGAAGACCUCCUUACUGCUACAAUGCCCAUAUUUCAGCUUUGGCGUACCGCGACGCGAUCAGAUGCCGCUGGAGUAACUUUUCUCGUCUCACUAACGAUCAUCGUUAUCUUUGUCCUCAUCGCCAUCCAACAAACGACAUCUCGGCUGAUAUGGGCAUUCGCUAGAGACCAUGGCCUCUACCUCUCACACCACCUCUCUCAACUUUCACCAAAGCUUAGGGACAUUCCUUCCAAUGCACUCAUCCUCAACACCGUGCUGGUGUUCUUUUCUGCCCUACUUAUCUACCAGAAGCGCAGUUCAACGUUUCUUCCUCACCACCGUGGCUUUCGAGUUCCGGACCUCGUUGGGUGGAUAUGUAACUUUGGAAUUAUUGUUGCGGCUGUUAUUGAACUUGUGUUCUUUGUGUUUCCCAGCUCCCUCCCCGUAUCAGCCCUGUCUAUGAACUAUGCCAGUGUCGUUCUGUUAGUUCUCUUAUUGUUCUCUACAGUGAACUGGUUCAUGUUUGCGAAACAACACUACCAAGGUCCCCGGGUUGAGCUUAUCCUGAACCAAAGGAUAUCUCUGGAUAAAUAA